ACUUUACCAUCAACCCAAUUCCCAACUAGUGGCUGCUGUGUGAUAACGUACAAUUUGUCCACUCAAAUCCGCUGGCAAGAAGAAUGGGUUCCACUGCUUUACUGGAGAAGAAGCCUCACGCCGUCUGCAUACCAGCUCCAGCUCAAGGCCACAUAAACCCCAUGCUAAAGCUAGCCAAGCUCCUCCACCAAAAGGGUUUUCAUAUCACCUUUGUCAACACAGAAUUCAACCACAGGCGCUUGCUUAAAUCCAGCGGUCCUGAUGCCUUAAAGGGACUGCCUGAUUUCCAAUUUAAAGCCAUCCCUGACGGACUUCCUCCUUCUGAGGUCGAUGCUACCCCAGAUAUUCCAACCCUUUGUGAAUCUUUUGAUAGAACUUGCUUAGGUCCCUUCAGGGAGCUACUUGCUGAACUCAACGAUACCUCUUCCUCAGAAGUGCCCCCUGUUUCUUGCAUAGUUUCCGAUGGAGCAAUGACCUUCACUCUAGCAGCUGCUCAAGAACUUGGCAUCCCUGAAGUUCUUCUUUGGACCUCCAGCGCAUCUUCCUACUUGCCGUAUUUCCAGUUUGACAAGUUUAUCGAAAAGGGUAUCAUGCCACUCAAAGAUGCUAGUUAUUUGACAAAUGGAUAUCUAGACACUGUUCUAGAUUGGAUUCCAGGAUUAGAGGGUAUACGCUUGAAGGAUCUUCCAAGCUUCUUUCGAACCACAAAUCCCGAUGAUUUCAUGUUGAAAUUCGUCAUGCAAGAAACUCAGAGAUCUAGAAAGGCCUCUGCCAUCAUUAUAAACACCUUUCAACAACUGGAACAUGAUGUAUUAGAUGAACUUUCAUCUUAUCUUCCUCCAAUUUACACCAUUGGACCACUACACUUGCUAGAGAAUCCUGUGUAUGGUAAGUCUUUAACAGAUUUUCGAUCAAAUCUCUGGAAGGAACAGCCAGAAUGUCUUGAGUGGCUUGACUCGAAAGAUCCAAACUCUGUGGUUUAUGUCAACUUUGGAAGCAUUGCUGUUAUGACACCUGAGCAACUAGUCGAAUUUGCUUGGGGACUUGCUAAUAGCAAACAAAACUUUUUGUGGAUUUUAAGGCCAGAUCUUGUCUCAGGCAGUUCAGCUAUUCUGCCAAGUGAGUUUCUUGAAGAAACCAAAGAAAGAAGCAUGUUUGCAGGCUGGUGCCCUCAAGAGAAAGUCCUUACCCAUCCUUCUGUUGGCGGAUUCUUAACUCAUAGUGGGUGGAAUUCCACAAUCGAAAGUAUUAGUUAUGGGGUGCCUAUGAUCUGCUGGCCCUUUUUUGCCGAUCAACAAACUAAUUGCUGGCUUUGCUGCACUAAAUGGGGUAUUGGAAUGGAGAUGGACAAUAAUGUCAAGAGGGAUGAAGUUGAAAGCCUUGUUAGCGAGUUAAUGGCGGGAGAGAAGGGUAAGGAAAUGAAGAAAAAAGCCAUGGACUGGAAAAAAUUGGCAGAAGUGGCUGUGACAGAUGCUAACUUGAAUCUUGAGAAUUUGAUUCAUCAAGUGCUUCUCAAUCCAAGCAUUCGAGACAUCAAGAACCGUGUAUCUGUUAGAAAAUAAUUAAACCAAACCUGUAUUUUUUUUUUAAUGAUGUUGAUGCCAUAUGUCAUCAAUGUAUUGAUUAGUACAGAAAGUUGUACUGUGGAUUUGUAAGGUUGGCCGCGUGGGAUUCAAUCCCAUAAAUUUAGUAUAGUAGUGGUAAUAAUAGUUAGCCGCAUAUGGCUUAUUGGUGCGGUGAAGAAUAGUCAAUGUCUUUGUCGGUGGCUGUUGUCUUUGUAUUGUAGCUGCAGCGUGUUUCAUCUAUAAGAAAUUUUUCAUUUGCCUCGUA